UUCUUUCCAGCCUGUGCUUCAGUGACUGACUUAUAGGGUAGAGGCACCAACCAUAAGAACGCAGGAUUUGGAUGUUGCAGGUCAUUAUGUUGCGAGCAGCUUUGGUUUUCUGCCUAGCAGCAGUGGUUGUUAUGGGAAGACCAGAUGAAGGUCAUGGAAACUCAAGGCCUGAAGCUCAGUCAGAUCAGGACACUUCACAGGACAACAGUGUGUCUAUGGUGAACACAGCUAAUAAAGAGUUCUCCUUUCGUUUGUACUCUGCGUUAGCCUCUCAGCCGGACUCCCGGGACAAGAACAUCUUCUUGUCUCCAGUCAGUGUGUCUGUGGCUCUGGCAGCCCUGUCUGUGGGAGCACGAGGAGACACUCAUGAACAGCUCUUCACUGGACUGGGCUUUAACAGCUUACUGCUCAACCAGAGUCAAGUCAACCAGGCUUUCAGAGCAUGCCUGCACAAAAAUGUGUCUCAAGAUGCCACUCAAGGCACCGCUGUGUUUGUGGAUAAUAAGUUCAAACCAAACCCAGAGUUUCUGGACUCUCUGAAACAGUCCUACCUCACAGAUGGCUUCACUGUGGACUUCACCAAGACCACAGAGAGCGCAGACACCAUCAAUAAUUAUGUGUCAGACAAGACCAAUGGAAAAAUAGACAAGAUGGUGGACAGUCUGGGCGAUGAUACUGUCAUGUACCUUCUCAGCUAUAUCUACUUUAAAGGAAAAUGGCAAAAGCCAUUUGACCCUCAAUCGACCAGAGAAGACACUUUUGAAGUUGAUGAAAACACCCAAGUACCAGUCCAGAUGAUGAACGAGGAGAACAACUUUCAGGUCUAUUAUGACCAAGCCAUCAACACCUCAGUGCUGCACCUUCCCUUCAACAGCUCCUACUCAAUGCUACUGAUGCUGCCAGCUGAAAUGGAAACACUGGAGAAAGCCAUUUCCCCAAGUUAUGUCACUAAAUGGCUCAAAUGGAUGAAAUCUAAGAGAUAUAAUGUAUUUAUUCCAAAGUUUUCCAUCAAGACGUCAUACUCUCUGAAGGAAGUGUUGAGCGAGAUGGGGAUGACAGACAUGUUUGGAGACCGCGCAGAUCUCAGUGGCCUUGCAGCGGGCAAUAAGCUGGCUGUAUCAGAGGUUGUUCAUAAGGCUGCUCUCGAUGUGGAUGAGAAAGGAGCCACUGCAGCAGCUGCUACAGGAGUUACCAUCACCCUUCUGUCUUUCCGUUACGUCCCAGUCCUGAAGUACAACCAUCCCUUCAUGCUUCUAAUCUUGGACAGGGCAACACAGGACAUCAUGUUCAUGGGAAAGAUCAUCAACCCAAAUAUCUAAAGAUGCAAAUUGUAUGGCAUACUAAACCUGAGUUACAAUUUAAAGAUGUAUUUCUUCAUUUUAUUCCUACAAGUAGGCUAUUUUAGGGUAUCUGAUAACUGAUAUAUGAGAUGAUAUAAUGGAUGAUUAUUAAAAUUGGUCUUGAGUUUGAGUUUUGUAAUGAAGCAAGUUAUAGGCUAGCCUGUAAACCUGGUAUUUUAUUGUCUAAAGUGAAUACAAGUGUGAAUAGUGAUGUCAUUGUGUGUGAGUGUAACUAAAGGACUAAACCAGGACUACAUCAGAACUAAACCAGGACUAAACCAGUGUGAAUGUGGACCUAAUAUCUAAAAUUAUUUUCUACCGUGAGCUCACGCUUCUAUGUGAUUGGUUGAAUUCAAUACAGUUUUUCUUUGAUUAGUGUGAAAAGUCUCAUGCAGGAUUGGAGUUGUUUGAGUUGGAACGUGCCUUUCUCUACAUAUAGACCACCAGAUAUAUGUCCAGGAACUCAAACUCAUGCACGAAGUACCCCCUGUAUUCAAAACAACCAAACCACUCAACGACGUAAGAGCAGGCGCCUCCUUGGUCCAUCAGAGUCAUUUAUUAUACAUUUAUAGAGUUAUUUCAUAUUUACUCAUAGGUAGUGGAAACAAACAUGAUUAUAGCCAAACUUUUAAACUACUUCAUGUGGAAAUAAGCACUAGUCCUAUAACUUGGUAUGAUGCAUCUCAAAGGGUGAAGUAUAGCCCUUAACCCUGUUAAGCUUCAUGUGUAUCAUGCACUGUCUCUGUCUCAUUAAAUAAAUAAACUAACCUAAUUUGUCUAAUGCUAACAUUCGUGAUCUAUAUAACCAAUAUGAGUUUCAUAACAGAAGAUAUAUAUGGCCGAUUGCCGUUAUUUGCUCAUAUCAGUGUUAUAUAAUAAUUGCCACAAGAUCUCGUGAGACAAAACUGCCACAAGAUCAUGCACACAAGAGAAUUUUUUUUGUUCAUGUGUUACCAUCUCAAUUUACUUAUAGCCAAAUUAAAGGAAAGUGAAAC